AUGAGACGACUUCAGCAGGGGACAUGAAAUCCAAAGCAAAACUCAAUUCACCGGUGUUAAAUUUAAUUUUAUCUUUAAAAAAUUAAUAAAAUGUUUAGAAAUCUAAUUACCAGAUCGGUUUUACUAACUAGUCAAUCACAACAGUUAUUUAUUUCGCCGUGUUAUUGUCAAUUUCGUCAUAUAUCCCAAAGCCGUACCAAUUUUGCGCCUCCUACAAACCAAGAGGAAGAUGAAACACUUGGAAAAGGAGAUAAAAUUAUCAAGGUGCGAUUACGGGGUACUAGAUUGGAUGCAAUUUUGAAAGCUGGGUUAAACAUAGCAAGAAGUAAAAUAGAAAAGUCAUUUUACGAAGACAGAAUAAGAGUGAAUGGGGUCCGUGCGAAGAAAAAGAGUCAAGUUCUUGAUGAGGGGGACGAAGUAGACAUCGUUCGGGGACCUAAUCAAUCGAAUCCAUUAUUUAUUGAUGUCAAUCGUGUCGAAAUUGUCGAGGUUGGAGAGACAAAAGAUAAAAAUGAAGACGAUUUUGAAUCAGAUUCCGAUGACGAAGGCCAAACAAAAAUUCCCAUGACUUUAAAGCGAUACAAGAAUCUUACGAUUGAAAACUAUCCAGUGCCCUGGAAAGGAAAUGUGCAAGAAAAUUAGGGCAUAUAUAUUUAGUGAAAGAGGUAGUAGUGAUUGUACAGAAAUUUUUAUAUAAGUAUGUAUUUCAAAGCUAAAUACGAUAAAAAUAUAUUAAUUUAAUUCAA